AUGAUCAACUUCCUCAUCUCCGCUCUCGCUCUCGCCGGCGCCGUCUCCGCCAGCCCCUUCCCCCAAAAUUUCUGCCCUGCCGGCUGCGACGUCAUCGUCACCGAGCACCCAAACCCCGACCCCCACCAGGUCUACUUCUUCCAGCAGAUGACCAAGCCCCACAGCUGCGCCGGCAACCCGGGCUGCGAAAUCUCCAAGUCGGAGGUCGAGGGCAACGUCGUCAGCUUCGGCGCCAGCAUCAGCGGCGCCGGCUGGAUCAGCGCCGGCCUCGAGGUCUCGCAGUACGAGGAGUCGGGCGAGGUGCAGACCUGCUACGGCGACCCGGACGACACCAUCUGCGUCUUCUGGCGCACCGCCAGCACCAUGUACACGGUCAACCACCAGUCCAACAGGUGCUGCCUGCCCGGCCCCUUUGCGCCCGUCGUCAUCACCUCGCCGAACGCGGGUGGUAUCGGCUCCUCGAGCAUCUGCGGACGCAACGAGCAGUGCAAGGACAAGGGCUACUCGUACUGGAACAACAUGGAGCGCCAGAAUGGCGGUGUUACGGUGUCUGGUGGCCCUCAGUCGUGGCCUUUUGGUAACCAGUACCUUGGCAUUGUUCCUGACAUGGACGAGAUUCCUCCCCGUACCGCCGGCAAGGUCUGA